AUGCUUUAUGAGACUUGGAGUGAGGAGACGAAAACGCGUUCGUGUUGUCCGUUAUGUGAGCGCAAGUUUUCAAGCAAAGCUGGUGCCAAUGAGCUGUCAGGAAAGCUCUUAGAUAUGAGUUUAUCAAUGCCCGAUGAUAUCCAAAGACUGGAGAAGCAAGUUGCUGAGGCUGAAGAAAAAGAGCGCAGACUUGCUAGCGCUGUUGUCUAUGUGGACCAGUGCAAAAAGAUUAUGGAAGAAAAAGUGAGAAAUGUAAGGAAGCUGAUUAGUGAUUACCGCAAGCAGGAAGCAUCUUUUGCUACGAAAGUGGAAGAGCUGAAGGAGACUAUAGAAAAGGCGUUAAGCAAACACAAACUGCUACUGGAGGUUAAGUCGGACGUGUCUUUGAUGGAUUCCCUAUUUACAUCUAUAAAGACCAUUGAUGGUGAGAUAACUGAUCUGCAAGAAAAUCUUGCACAUGCUCCUCACACACAGUCAUUUUCGGAGUUAAAGAAAGAGCUCUCUGCGAAAGAGAACUCCAUUUCUUCCGUGAAUACCGAGCUAGAGGAGAUGCAAGUCAUCGUAGCCGAACGGAACAAGUUAACAACAGAGCUGCAUGCGUUCAAAGAGCGUCGCAUAGCCCUUGGAGAGUUGACUGCACAGUCAGCCCAUCUGCAUGAAACUCUUUCACGACAUCGUGAAGAGGUUAUAAGAAUUUCUGACAGGCGUGAAGAACUGAUGAAGGUCGAAUUACCAAAGGCUGAUAAAGCC